AUGUGGAGCCACGUUUUACGUCGAAUCGUACGCAACGAGGAGCAGCAGCAGGCCGAGCGUCGUCGUCAGCAGCUUGCCCAGGCUUCAUCUUCCUUACCAUCUGCGUCGGUCGCCGCAAAAUCAGCUUCGAUUCCAUCUAGUGCAGAAGCAGAGUCCACAAUUGACACAUCAAUCGAAGAAGAUACACAGGAUGAUGACGACUACCUGCAAAAACAUCUGUUGUCACGUCCGACGUCGAGCUGGAGUUGUCUUGAAGAUACCCAGCAAGCCAACUGUUUGGCACUAAAUGCAUCGCACACACUACUAGCAGUCGGUGAACGUGACGGUCGAAUGACUAUCUGGGACAACACGAGCAUACGUGUGAUUACGAGAGAGCUCGAUCCAACGUUGAUUGCUGUCGAGUUUCCUACAGGCGAGACAGAUGCGAAUCAGGAUGGCACUUUAGCAAAAUCGACAAUAACAGGUGGUGACGGCUCUGUAGCGAACGAUGACGCGUCGGUAGAAGAUGAAGACGAACAGACUGAAGAUGCUGUGUCUAUUGAGGAUGAGAUGGAAGCAGAAGAUGAUAUUAACGAAAGUGAUUCGAAACCCGAGGGCGAAGCUGAGAGUGCCCGAGGUGGCUCACUUUUGACGCUGUCUGAUCUCCAUGUGGCCAAAACUGGACUCAAGGUCGUUUCACAAUGCACCUGGUCGUGCGAUUCACAGUAUCUCUUUGCUGGUUGCGAGGAAAAAGCGUCACGUCGAGCGCGACUUUGUAUCUGGAACGUCGAAGCCGCAACGCUCAUAUCGGCAUUCCAGUUUGAUGGGACUAUCACGGCGCUAAGUGCCCACCCACGAGAUCCAAAGAUUUUGCUCGUUAGUCUUUGCAACUCUUGUCCAGUGAUACUGAACAUCGUGACAGGAGACACGACGGAGUUAAUGAACGUACCACUAGAGAACACGGAAGUGGCUCAGCCAACGUCACAAUCGAAUUCUCGACAUUCGAUUCUGGCCUCCUGUGCGCGCUAUGGACAGUCCGGCACACGUAUUUAUUGUGCGACAACGAGAUCAACCCUUGCAAUUUUAGAUUCAAAAACACUACAAUGUCUCGAUAGUCUCAAACUCAAUGUUCUCAUCCAGUUUGUGGAUUUAUGCGUGAACUGGCAAGAGAACGCCAUGUUGCUAACUAGCUCGAAAGGAAUUCACGAGUUUAUGAUGAAAUGUCCUACAAAGGACGACAUUGCAGUGACCGAGGACCAUCCAUUAGGAUUAAAAGAAGUGGCUUUGCACUCAACAGGUGCUGUGCGUGCGCCAUGGGCAGUUUGUUGCUUUAGCGGAAACGAAGAAUUUGUCGUAGGCACCCCGGUAGUACGCCAUCGUCAUGUUGGAGAAAAUGGAUUGUUCACGUGGCCUCGUGCUUCUGAUCAGACCAAGACGACUGCGCAGCAUAAUGUUGGCGUGAAAGAUGGUGUACUGGCAUUAGCGUGGGAUCGCUGUCGCCAAAGCGUCUUGGCUGUCUCGACCAGUGGAGCUUUACAUGUGCUUGAAGAGCCAUUUUCAACGACUUGGCCAGGAGCAAUGUAUCCCGCUGGUUUCCGACUGAUCACUGAUAAUGAGUUGCAUUUACAAGUGUUUGAAUCGGAUGCCGAAGAGCGUAAACUCGAGAAAAAACAGCUCACGGAAAAGGCGAAAAAUUGUGUUGUUGACGUGUUUCGUGUGCAGGACCCACGAGUUGAGUUUGCUGAAGAAGUGGGAGCAGAAACGGAUCUUUUCAAAGGUGAAGAGCGAAAACUGUGUUUUAUUCCAGCAAUUCCGAUCGCACACUUUCAUCGGCGACAAGGACAUCAACUCCACGGAGUGCCAUAUAAUGAGGAUAAGCAUUUUGGACUGGGUCAAAGCGUAUUUGAACCGCUGAAAGGUUCACUAGGGAAACCAAAGCAAUGCAGUACUCGCCGAUUUACGAGCAAUAAAAAGAAACGUCGGCGUAAGUGA